CUUCUUUUGGGUUGCAAACAAAUCCAUAGAAAACGAAAGAUGAUUUGGGGGGUAUAAUAAAAAGGCCAUAUAAUAAGGAGAUCAAAAGUUAUACACUAAAAAAGAGGAGACAGAGCCACUCUGUCCCUCUCCCACUUCCCAUUCAUUCAAAUAAAUAGACAGUUUACCUUGGCUUCACCCCCCCCCCCCACCUUCCACCAUCUCCUCUGCCAUAAACAAAUGCUGAAUAAAGCUCUAUCUAGAAUUCCACCUCCAACAUCAUGGCCUAGCUGUUUCUUGGAUCCGGAGAUUCUGGGUCUUUCAAUAUUUGUUUAUAGUUAUACAUAUAGGAUAUAGCCCGGAAGACAUGAUUUGGUUUCUAUCAUUGUCAUUCCCCAGGCUCAAACCUUUCUUUCUGUUCUUCUCAUUGGAGUUUGUAGCGUAGCUGGUAUGAAAUAUGCCUGCAAAUACGAAAUGGACCCUAUUAUCUUCCUCUUAGUCCUCUCUUUUUCACUCUUGAUUCUUCCCUUCCCUAAUACAGUUGUUGCUGUGAAUCAACAAGGCCAGACUCUUCUUUCCUGGAAAACAAGCUGGAAGGGAUCCCUGGAAUCAUUAAGUAAUUGGGAUUCAACAGAUUAUACUCCGUGCCAUUGGUAUGGGAUCACUUGCAACUACAACAACCAAGUAGUUGAAUUGGAUAUAAGGUAUGUGGAUUUUCAUGGAAAUGUUCCAGAUAAUUUCACUGCAUUGUUGUCCUUGAACAAGCUGGUUUUGACGGGGACGAAUCUCACCGGUUUGAUACCCAAAGAGAUUGGCUCUCUUACUGGAUUGACUCACUUAGACUUGAGUGACAAUGCCUUAACUGGUGAAAUCCCAGGUGAGAUUAGUAGCUUGAUCAAGCUUGAACAACUCUAUCUCAAUUCAAAUAGGCUGGAAGGCUCCAUUCCGCCGGAAAUUGGGAGCCUCACCAGCUUGAAAUGGCUGAUCCUCUAUGAUAAUCAGCUUAGUGGCACCAUACCCAGUACAGUAGGGAAGCUGAAGAAUCUUGAAGUGAUUAGAGCUGGUGGAAACAAGAAUCUUGAAGGCUCUUUACCAACAGAGAUCAGUAACUGCUCCAAUUUGGUCAUGUUAGGCCUAGCAGAAACUAGCGUCUCAGGCUUCCUUCCUCCAAGCCUUGGUCUGCUCAAGAAACUGCAGACAAUUGCAAUCUACACCACCCUUCUCUCCGGCCAAAUCCCUCCAGAGCUCGGUGAUUGCACGGAGCUUGAAGACAUCUAUCUUUAUGAGAACUCACUCAGUGGAUCCAUCCCAGCCAAAUUAGGCAAUCUCAGGAAUCUCCGCAAUCUCUUGUUGUGGCAGAACAACUUGAUUGGUACUCUUCCGCCGGAACUUGGAAACUGCAAUCAAAUGUCGGUCAUUGAUGUCUCCAUGAAUUUGUUAACAGGAAGCAUUCCCAUAUCCUUUGGGAAUCUAACAGAGCUUGAAGAACUUCAAUUGAGCGUCAACCAGAUCUCUGGCGAAAUCCCUGCACAACUCGGAAAUUGUCAGAGGCUCACUCAUAUUGAGCUGGACAACAAUCAGAUCAGUGGCUCCAUUCCUUCUGAAUUAGGUAACUUGUCAAAUCUGACACUGCUGUUCAUAUGGCAGAACAAACUAGAAGGCAAUAUACCUUCUUCCAUCUCCAACUGUCAGAAUCUCGAGGCCGUUGAUUUGUCCCAGAAUGGCUUGAACGGGCCCAUUCCAAGCGGAAUAUUCGACCUCAAGAAACUCAACAAGCUCUUGCUCCUCUCCAACAAUCUUUCCGGCGAGAUACCACCUGAAAUCGGGAACUGCUCGUCCUUGAUUCGGUUCCGCGUCAGUAACAAUAAGCUAACCGGUUCGAUCCCGCCACAAAUUGGGAGCUUGAGGAAUUUGAAUUUCUUGGAUCUUGGAUCCAACAGGCUUUCAGGAGUUAUACCGGAGGGGAUAUCCGGCUGCCGGAAUCUGACAUUUUUGGAUCUGCACUCGAAUUCCAUUGCGGAGAAUUUGCCGCAGAGACUCAGUUAUCUUGUUUCCUUGCAGUUCGUUGAUUUCUCUGAUAAUCUUAUUGAAGGCACAUUGAUGCCUACUUUGGGAUCGUUGACUUCACUCACCAAGUUAUUGCUGGGGAAGAACCGAUUCUCGGGUCCAAUACCGAGUGAACUCGGUUCCUGCGUGAAGCUCCAGUUGCUCGACCUUAGUGGUAACGAGCUUUUGGGAAAUAUCCCGGCAAGUUUGGGCCAGAUUCCUGCCCUGGAAAUCGCUCUCAAUCUUAGCUGGAACCAACUGUCCGGCAAUGUUCCGGCAAACUUCACGGGUUUAGGUAAACUUGGAGUUCUAGAUCUCUCUCACAACCAACUCUCCGGCGAUCUUCACUUUCUCGCUGAAAUGCAAAAUCUGGUGGUUCUUAACAUCUCCCACAACAAUUUCUCCGGCCGUGUACCGGACACGCCUUUCUUCACAAAACUGCCUCCAAGUGUUCUCAACGGGAACCCUUCGCUCUGCUUUUCUGGGAACCAAUGCAUCGACGUCGACGGCGACCGCAAAUCCAGAAGAGGCGCGGCUGCACGUGUCGCGAUGGUGGUCCUACUCUGCGCAGCGUGCGUACUGCUCCUGGCUGCGCUCUACAUCACCCUCGCCUCAAAAAAGAGGGGCCCGGGGGCGCACGAUUGCGAGAUGCUUGACGGCGACAUUGACGUGGAGCUGGGACCACCAUGGGACCUCACUUUAUACCAGAAGCUCGACCUGUCAAUAACUGAUGUGGCAAGAAGUUUGACAGCUGGCAACGUCAUAGGUCGCGGUCGAUCCGGUGUCGUUUACAUGGUAGCCUUACCGUCCGGCUUCACCGUCGCAGUCAAGAGGUUCCGAUCCUCCGAGAAACUCUCCGCCUCAGCAUUCUCCUCCGAAAUUGCCACUCUGGCAAGAAUCCGGCACCGAAAUAUCGUCCGGCUUUUAGGCUGGGCUGCGAACCGGAAAACAAAAUUGUUAUUUUACGACUACAUGGCUAACGGUUCAUUAGACGCAUUCUUGCACGAAGGAUGUAACAGAUUAGUGGAGUGGGAGUCUCGGUUAAAAAUAGCACUUGGCGUGGCGGAGGGUCUGGCCUACCUACACCACGAUUGUGUACCGCCGAUAUUGCACCGAGACGUGAAGGCACAGAAUAUACUUAUCGGAGACGGAUACGAACCGUGCUUGGCAGAUUUCGGUCUAGCUCGGCUUGUAGAAGACGACAAUGCUUCAUUUUCAGCCAACCCACAAUUCGCUGGCUCCUACGGCUACAUUGCUCCCGAGUACGGCUGUAUGCUUAAGAUCACCGAAAAGAGUGACGUGUACAGUUUCGGAGUAGUCCUUCUAGAGCUAAUAACAGGGAAGAAGCCAGUAGAUCCAUCGUUUCCAGACGGUGAACACGUGAUCCAGUGGGUGCGAGACCACCUUAAGAGCAAGAAAGACGCAGUGGAGAUCGUUGAUCCGAAAUUACAAGGUCAUCCAGACACGCAGAUCCAAGAAAUGCUUCAAGCCCUGGGAAUAUCCCUUCUCUGCACCAGCAAUCGGGCGGAAGAUAGGCCCACAAUGAAAGAUGUGGCCGCAUUAUUAAUAGAGAUUAAACACGAGCCCACAAUAGGAAGCGAGGCCCACAAGCCCACCAAUACUAGUACAUUGAAGAGGACGGAUACUAAUACUACUCCUUCCUACGCAUCAUCAGUGACAGCAGCUCAAUUGUCACUGCUACAAGGAGGAUCUUCUCAUUGUUCACUUGCUUACUCAUCUUCCUCAGCCAGUUAUAGUUCAAGAAUUCAAUAACCAUUAACAGAAGUUCUAGUGUUUUGUUAGGAGAUAGAACAGGUUUGAAUUGUAAAGAACUAACGAGGGUAUUUUGGGUAACUUCGUUAUUUAAUUGUUAGAAGGUACAAGAUUGAUUUAGUUAUACCUAGCGAACUUUUGUAGACACGCGCUGGACUUCUAGCCCAAUUUACCCCAUUGUGAAAUGGGAAAUUUCUGUG